GGGGAGGGGACUGGGGCUGUGUUGACGGCGGCUCCUCUGCCUCUCUUAUUGCCACGGAGUUGCGCUUCUCCUCCUCAGGCUGCAGGAAGGAGCCGCCCGGCGCUUCACACAUCCCCACGAUCCCCAUCCUCCGCCUGGGUGCCCGUCAGAGCCGCUCGCCCGCCCGGCAGCAGCAGGGUCCCAUUUGCAGGUGCCCCGCGCUCUCCCGCUACAGAGCAGACCGCCCCCGCCCCCGGCCGGACCCCUCCCUUGGAGAAAUCUUCCGGGGGGUUCCAGAAGCCGCCAGGAUUUUUGUCUUCGUUGCCACUUGGCUUUCUAGCCUCUUUGGAAAUGGCAGGGGCAGCGACGCCUGGAAAAGGAGCGAGUGUGGGAAAAGGGAGAGGAAACCGGAGCUAACUGACGGGAGGCAGGCGACUUGAGGCACACACAAAAAGAAGCGUCUCUGCCCCCAGGACUCAGCUGCUGCUGCGGAGCUAGCGUUCUGCCCCCAACUCCCGCCGCAGGAUUUAAGAGCUAAGAGGAGUUUUCUGCUGUGAGGGGUGGAUUUUUUUCUCUCUCUCCUUCUUCUACAAUCAGAAAGGAAGAUGGAUUGGGGACUUCUCCUGCACUGUGCAGCCCUCACCUUCACCCUGGCCAGGGCUUUAAGGAGCGAUAAAUGCGGCGAUAAUAUAAAAAUUGUAAACCCUGGGUACCUUACUUCUCCUGGAUAUCCUAAUUCCUAUAAUCCAAGCCAAAAAUGUGAAUGGCUGAUUCAGGCUCCUGAACCAUACCAGAGAAUUAUGAUCAACUUCAACCCUCACUUUGAUUUGGAGGACAGAGACUGCAAGUAUGAUUAUGUUGAAGUGAUUGAUGGAGAUAAUGCAAAUGGGCGCGUAUGGGGAAAGUACUGUGGAAAAAUUGCUCCCGCUCCUCUGGUGUCUUCAGGACCAUUUCUCUUUAUUAAAUUUGUCUCUGAUUAUGAAACUCAUGGAGCAGGAUUUUCCAUCCGCUAUGAAGUUUUCAAAAGAGGACCUGAAUGUUCCAGAAACUUUACUUCACCAAGUGGAGUGAUAAAAUCUCCAGGAUUCCCUGAAAAAUAUCCCAAUAGCCUUGAAUGCACAUACAUUGUCUUUGCACCAAAGAUGUCAGAGAUUAUACUGGAAUUUGAAAGCUUUGAACUAGAACCUGAUUCAAAUCCUCCGGGAGGAAUGUUCUGUCGGUAUGACCGAUUGGAAAUCUGGGAUGGAUUCCCUGAGGUUGGCCCCCACAUAGGGCGUUAUUGUGGACAGAACACACCAGGCCGAGUGCGCUCUUCAACUGGAAUCCUUUCAAUGGUUUUUUAUACUGACAGUGCAAUAGCAAAAGAGGGAUUCUCUGCAAACUACAGCAUCUUACAGAACAAUGUCUCAGAAGAUUUCCAGUGCAUGGAACCACUAGGUAUGGAAUCAGGAGAAAUUCACUCUGACCAAAUCACUGUCUCCUCCCAGUAUAGCACCAACUGGUCUUCAGAAAGGUCCCGGCUAAAUUACGCUGAAAAUGGAUGGACCCCUGGAGAAGAUUCCAGUAGAGAAUGGAUACAGGUAGACCUAGGCCUUCUCCGAUUUGUCUCUGGCAUUGGGACCCAGGGAGCCAUCUCAAAGGAAACUAAGAAAAAAUAUUAUGUGAAAUCAUACCGAGUAGAUGUCAGCUCCAAUGGAGAAGACUGGAUUACACUUAAAGAGGGAAAUAAACCUUUGGUAUUUCAAGGGAAUGUCAACCCCACUGAUGUUAUGUAUAGGACGUUUCCCAAGCCAGUGUUAGCACGAUUUGUUCGGAUCAGACCUGCAAGCUGGGAAAAUGGGAUAUCACUGAGAUUUGAAGUUUAUGGAUGUAAGAUAACAGAUUAUCCUUGCUCUGGGAUGUUGGGUAUGGUGUCUGGACUCAUUACCGACUCUCAGAUUACAGCAUCUAGUCAAGUUGAUCGAAACUGGAUCCCAGAAAAUGCUCGUCUUAUAACAAGCCGUUCAGGCUGGGCACUGCCACCAACUACUCACUCGUAUACGAAGGAAUGGCUUCAAGUAGACCUCGGUGAAGAGAAAAGAGUACGGGGCAUAAUUGUUCAGGGAGGCAAGCACCGAGAAAACAAAGUGUUCAUGAAAAAAUUCAAGAUUGGCUACAGCAAUAAUGGAUCCGAUUGGAAAAUGAUCAUGGAUGCCAGUAAGAAGAAGAUAAAGACUUUUGAAGGCAACACCAACUAUGAUACGCCUGAGCUACGGACUUUUGAACCCAUAACAACCAGAUUAAUCCGCGUCUACCCUGAGAGAGCCACACAUGGAGGACUGGGGCUGAGAAUGGAACUACUGGGCUGUGAAUUUGAAGAACCUACAUCAGUCCCUACCACUACAGAGGGCAAUCCUGUGGAUGAGUGUGAUGAUGACCAGGCAAACUGUCACAGCGGAACAGGUGAUGACUACCAACUGACAGGUGGUACUACAGUGCUGACUACAGAAAAGCCGACAGUAAUAGACAGUACAGUACAGCCAGAGUUGCCAGCAUAUGGUUUCAACUGUGGAUUUGGCUGGGGAUCUCACAAGACUUUGUGCCACUGGGAACACGACAGCCAAGUGGAUUUAAAGUGGUCAGUGCUGACUAGCAAAACUGGGCCUAUUCAAGAUCAUACAGCAGGAGAUGGCAAUUUCAUUUACUCACAAGCUGACGAAAACCAGAAAGGCAAGGUUGCACGGCUGCUAAGCCCUGUGAUUUACUCUCAGAACUCUGCCCACUGCAUGACUUUCUGGUAUCAUAUGUCUGGGCCCCAUGUUGGCACCUUGAUGAUCAAACUGAGAUACCAGAAGCCAGAUGAAUAUGAUCAGGUUCUGUGGAUACUGAGUGGACAUCAGGGGAACUGCUGGAAACAAGGACGUGUCCUUCUUCACAAGUCUGUGAAACAUUAUCAGGUGGCUGUUGAGGGAGAAAUUGGAAAAGGACCCGGAGGAAUUGCUGUAGAUGACAUUAAUAUUGACAACCACAUAGCACAAGAGGAUUGCUCAAAAUCAACUGAUGUGGAGAAUGAAAGAGAUGAAGACCCAGAAAUUAAUCAAACAGACUCCUCAGACCAUUACAAUGAUAACGUCGCAAGGAAGCAAGGCAAUGUGCUGAAGACCCUAGACCCCAUUCUUAUUACCAUUAUAGCCAUGAGUGCGCUCGGGGUGCUUUUAGGAGCCAUCUGCGGAGUCGUCCUGUAUUGUGCCUGUUGGCACAAUGGAAUGUCAGACAGGAACUUAUCUGCACUGGAGAAUUACAAUUUUGAACUUGUGGAUGGAGUAAAAUUGAAAAAAGAUAAACUAAACACACAGAAUUCUUAUUCGGAAGCAUGAAAGUAAAAAGCAACUAAAGAAGUUUCAAGAGAAUUGGAAUGAAAGGACAUACCGUGAUUGUGCUGGGGAACUGUCGAUCUUCUUUUACUGUAUAGGCUGAAAAGUGCGUUGAUAACGCUGAGCCAAGCUUUUCUCAGGAGCUUCAAUGAGUGUAACUGAUAAACAUGGACAACAAUCUGUGUUAACAAUCUGAAUCAUGUACAGUCUGCUUUUCCUGUUGGUUUUAUUUGGAAUAAUCAAAUGCUGGUGUUGAGACCAAGUAUGAUUGACUUAUAGUUCAUUUUGUCUUUCUUUUUCUCCUUCUCUCUUGUUUUUCUUUUAUGGAUAGUUUUAUUUUUAUUGUGAAAAUCCGAGAUGCUGUCACAAAGUGUAUUCAGUGGGGUCCUUUUGAUGGACAUGCUGUCUGUAGCUCAGUGCCCAGAAAAUAUUGGAGUAACGGCAAUUUAGUGGACUCCUGCACCUGUAUUUUGUGUAUAAUUGCUCGUGUUGUGCGUAGGCAAAGAAAGGUUAGGGUGUUUUUGAAGAGUACUGUAGCAUCAGUACUGAUUUAGUGUGUCAGCUCUGUUUACGAAGCAAUACGGUCAAAUUUUAUUGAUGUUUUUCAGUGUUGUACUAAACUUCGUGCUUGUGAAUUCCAUACAAGAAUAUGUGCCAUCAUCAGACACAACUGGCAAACGAGUGUACUGCCUAGAAUCUAAACAAAAAGUCCUUGGCACUGACUAGUGUAUGUCCUCUCAAGUGCCUUUUUGUUUGUACUGCUUCUCAUUGUGUUAACAUUAACUACAGCUCUGUUUCCCUCCAGUUAAAGCCCUUGUCUUUAAUCAUAUUCUGGUGGCUCACUGACUAAAAAGAAAGUAUAUUUUAGUGUAAGAAAGUAGCCUCGGAAAGGCAAGGGCUAAUCAUAUUUGACAACUUAGCUUGAUUGGUCUGCUUUCUGUAUUUCAAUUUCAUGUCUCUUGACCCUUUUGUAUAAAGCUGCAAUAUUCCCUUUUAUUGUUCUUUCAUAUAGAAUGUAUUUUCAAAUGUAAACUCUCUCUUUCUCUCUCUUUCUCUCUGAGUAGAUUGCAUAAGCAUUUGCCAUUGUAAAGGACAGAAAAUUGCAGCUUUAACUUGCUGGUAAUGGCAAAGGAUUUUACUAGAGUUUGUGUUAAAAAAAUAAGGGAAAAUUCAUAAUCCUCCAAAGUCGAACUUUGGGUUUCUUGUUAACAGCAUAAAGUGACAGUAUCUUUUUUCCUUAGUCAUGAAACAUGUAUUUUACCCAAUCCAAGAUGCCUACUAAUAGAUAGUUACAGAUGAGAAAAUUACUAAGAAUUUCCUUAUUGAAAGAUUGCCUCCAAAACAAGAAACAUUUCCCUCUCCUGGUUCUAUUCUCCCGUUGAAGUGUGUAUGUAUUCAUGCUAAUCAGGGUUACUCCUGGGCACUGGGGGCAGAAUAAGAUCCCACACUGUACACAGAACAUGAAAGUUUAGGACAGGUUAUAUCAAAUGGUGUCCAGGUCUUUUGGCUAUUGGCUACAAGUGAGUAAGCAGCACUCUUUAUAGGGCAUACUGCUUUUUGGAUAGAUACCUCCAGCUUUUUGGAUAGAUACAGCUGGUUGAAUACUGUAAACAAAUAUUCACAAAUAAUGUGUUUGAUAUUUGAUGUGACAAAUUUGUCAAAUAAAUUGUUCAACAAAUAAUACUCAGCCACUUAUGCAGCUGAUCCAACAAGGUAAGAAGAAAUUAGUUACAGAGGGCAAGAUUGUCACUGCCCUUUGGUAUCCAGGUAGGGGAGUAAGGGUAUGUGAGAACCAUCCCCACAGCCCUUUCAUGGCCUGGCUGAUCACUGUUGCAGAUUAAAGUGUGAAAAUGGCCUCUUGCACAAGCAAGUGUGUGGGGACUGGGGCAAGAGGGGUGGAAAUGGACAGAACAUUGAUACCACAUGCCCCUAAUAUACCAACCAGUGGAUUUAUUUCAACAUAAAGGUGUUGGGGGAAGCGAGUCCCAGUAAAGCACCGCAGUAAUUUGCUUCCUCCUUGAAACAAAGUGGAACCGGGGAAAGAAUUGUUAAUUUUAAGACGCAUAGUUCUUUCCCAAGGCUGCUUCCAUAGGACAGCUAUGCAGUAUCUCUAUGCAGAGCUAGGACUAAGUACGGUCUCAAUCUACCCCUGAAUAAUUUAAGUGAUAAAUGUAAUCAAUAUUCAUCAGAUAAGUGGUUCCAGGUAUAUUAUUCAACCAGUCCUAAUGAUAGACCAGAAAGACUUACAGAAAAUCCAUGAGCAUUCUUGUAACAGGGCAGUGGGGAUGAGAAAGUGUAAGUAUUUUACAAUAAGACAAAAUAGAAAAAAAACCCUAUUGGUUGCUAAUACUAUGAACUCUUUCAGGAACAUAAGAAAAAGAUAGAAAGCCUUCAAAAGGUAGAGAUUUAGGGUGAAAUCCUGCCCUUAUUCAAAUCACUGGCAAAACUCCCAUUGAUUCCAGUGGGGCCAGGAUUUUUAUCCAUCAUGUCCAACUCAUACAGUAAUCUAACCAUAUUGGUAUCAAGGCAGCUAGUUAAUUAUCCCAAAGAAGAUUGUUUUUCAAAAUUGUUUUCACUGCACUUGUAUCACAGUAGUGCAAUUUAAUUGCAUUAGGGUCUCUUCUUCCUUAGAUAAGAAAAUGUACAUUCCAUUAACCUACAUGUAUGUGUCGCCUUACGAAAAAAAUCCAAAUUUGGGGGCCUGAUCCAAAGUCUUUCCAGUAAUUUCAAUGGAUUUUAGAUCAACUCUUGGUCUUGGUGUAAUCUGAAUUGAAAAACUUGUUAAGAAACAAAAAAAUAAUACAUCUCCCUUGGGUAUCCAGCCCUUAUUAUCAAAAUAAGAAUAUAGCACUGAUGAUUUGAUUUCUCUGAAGGUGAUGGAAUGAAAGUUGCCCUUCAAUAAAGGAAAAAUGAUACUGCAACUUUACAUUGAAAAAGUAUCUUGCACUGAUAAAUAUAUUUAAAAAAUUAUAUGUUUAUAAAGUUAUUAAUUUGUAAAGGCAGUGUUACAAAAUGUUCAGUUUAUAUUGUUUUAGAUUGUUUCAUAAUUUUAAAGUGUAAAAUAACAUAUUUUUUUCUUUAUUGAAAAACUAUAAAAAUCUUCUGUAGUAAAAUGAUUUCAUUUUACUGGUAUAUUAUUCCUUCAUGUUUUGUACCAUCAUAAAAUUUUGUGCAAAUUUUUUUUACAGAAAUUUUUAUUUUCUAUGACAAUAUGACACUUGUAAAUUGUUGUUUCAAAUGAACAGUGAAGCCUUAACUUUAAAUGACAUUUGUAUUCUCAGUCACUAAGUAGAAUAAAAACCACAUAGAACUGAACUGUAACUUAAAAUUUCCAAACUAUGACUACUACAUUCCAAAGAAACAGUUGAAUUAAACAUUUUCAUAAAAUA